AGUUUCCGUGUUGUGCUCGUGCGCUACGCCUGCGUGAAUUGUGAAUUCGCAAUUACUUUUCCGGCAGUUUGUAACAUUUUACAAGAUUUCAUUCUAAAUUUUACUUGAAAUUAAAGUUUUAUGCAUGGGAGUUCCGACUAAAACCAUGGCCCGCGAAAGAAAAGGAAGUGGCAAAAGUUCUGAUGAUGCCUCUGACAAAGAAAAUAAAAAAGAUCGUGGAAGGGACCGGAAGAAAAAAGCCUCAUCAUCUAGUAGUGAUAGCAGCAGCAGAAGCUCCUCGUCUAGUUCCAGCGCUUCAAGUGCAUCCUCCUCAUCUGGAUCAUCAUCAGGCUCUAGCUCCCGCUCGAGUUCAUCCUCUUCAUCUUCAUCUUCCUCCUCAGCCUCUUCAUCAGCGCGGAACAAAAUCAAGCGCAAAGUCGAUAGCCGCAGUAAAAGUCCAGAGAAAAAGGUAGUCAAAAAAGAUGAAGAUAGGAAGAAAAGAUCAGAAAAAUCUCCAGCAAACAAAUCUCACUCGUAUCGUGAUCGUCGUUCCAGAUCAGCAUCCCCAAGACGAAAGAGGAAGGAGAGAUCUCCUACUCCUAAGCCAUUGACAAUUCAUGUAGGACGCCUAACCAGAAAUAUCAACAAGGACCACAUCGUUGAAAUUUUUUCAACCUACGGAUCUGUGAAAAGUGUUGAUUUGCCAAUUGAAAGAAUUUUCAUGCAGAAUAAAGGUUUUGCAUAUGUCAAAUUUGGGACCCCCGAAGAAGCAGAAAAUGCAAUGAAACAUAUGGAUGGAGGUCAAAUCGAUGGGCAAGAAGUAACCUGUGCUCCAGUGCUUCAGAUCCGGCCGCCGCCUGUGCGACGCUUCAGUCCUUUUAGAGGCGGUGGUCCUCCAAGAGGAGCAGCUCCGUGGAGGAGGAGACAAUCCCCUCGCCGCUUUGGGCGUGGCAGGCCCAGAUCACCACCUAGAAGGAGGCUUUCGCCACCGAGAAGGCGGAGAUCACGAUCACCAAGGCACCGCCGCUACAGCAGAUCCAGUUCCAGCAGUUCUCGAUAGUUUGUCCUUUUUGUUUUCAAUCUUUUACUUAUUCCUCUCUUUAUUUUUUAUGUUUGACUUAUCAAAAAGGAAUGUUCAAAGUUGGAAGGUUACGUUCAAGUAAGAGGCAAAUUUAGUUUUUUGUCUUCUCCUGGGAGAAAUUUAAGGAUUUGCGCAUUUAGCAUGCCUGAAAUGAAUUGUGACAUUAUGCUAUAAGGUUUUCUUGGUGAUGUAUUUUUAUUGAGAAGUGCUGGCACAAAAUCAUUGGACUAAUCUAAGGAGGGUUAGUUCAACCAUUAGUAUUUUCUUUAUCUGCAGUGUGUUGGAAUUAUGGCUGGUUUUAACUUAUGUAUUUUGCACUUACCCUAGAAUUAUGAAAAAUUGCCAUCACUCCCUAAGAAAACAAGAGAAAAUUAUCAUUUUUUAUAUUUAAUUGCCUAUAUCUUGCCAGACUGAUUGAUGUUUCGACAAGUACUCUGCAAUCCAAGUACCCUGUAGCACCCGAGAGGAUCCACAAAAGUAUUCAACCAAAUAAUAAAUCCUGGACUUUCCUGUGUUAAAAAUAAGUAUUUUCAUUGCAUCAAAUGUUCAUUGUUACUUGUUGUAUUGGCAAGGAGUUAAAACCCACCAAGUAUUAUGGUUAGUGGAUAAAAUGCUAGCUUAUGACUGCGUAGACCAGCUUAGGUAAACCAUGAGCACGGAACUUGGUAACACCCGCAAUUGCAAGGAUUCGAUGACCUGCCCAAAGCACUGGAGGUUCUAAUAAAAACAAUCGAUCAGAUGACAGACUCGGCAUUAAAUAUGAGAACGACCAUGGUUAUUCACUCCAAUUGAGUACAAAAUUUCGGUGUGAAAGAAGUUUUUCAUUCAAAAGAAUGUUACCUAAAUUAGUGAGAGUUAAAAGCCUAUCAAAUAAAAUAAUUUUGCACACUGAAAAUAAUUAAUCUCUUUUGUUUGAGUUAAUGAGCUGCACGCACUUCCGAUUUCCCUUUUCUAAAAAUUGCAAAUAAAAUUGUGGACAAAUUCAGAGUAGUUGGCAAAUAAUAAUUAUCACAGAAAAAUUAAAAUUGUUUUAUGUUAACAACCAAGGUGGAUUCACAGUAUUAAGGAGAAUGAUUUUAGUAGAUUGACCUGAUAGGUUUCCUGAAGUUCAAGACAUUUUUCAAAAUUUAAAUCAUUCCUCUGCACAUCUGGUACAAAUUAUACUCCUUUGUCCUGAAAGUAGCCUGAAAUCAUCCCAGAAGUAUGGUUUAAAGAAAUUUCUUGAAUCGUCUCGUCUUUCUGUCUUGGUUUUUUUCUGUUUCAAGCAAUGAUUUUAAUAUCAGGAAGUUGCCAAAAAAUGUCUUAAAAUUCAGAAACUAUUCGCAUCAUUAAGAAGUGGGUAACCGCAUGCAAUGGUGGAAAACCAUUUGAAGAUUUCUGUGUUUUUAAGCACCUAAAUCAGGCUCACACUAAUUUGUGAAAGACUUGUAGCCUAAAGACUUCGCAGUGGUUAUGUUCUGACCCAAGGACCUCUCAUCUGAUAGUCUAGUUAGAGUUGAGAGAUUAAAUGCAGUCUUUUUUGAAAAUCAGGCGAAUCCAACAGUUGUUUUUAAUUUGUAUAUAAUUUUGUACUCAUACUUAAAAUUCAUAAGUAAAACAAGCUUCUAAGAUUCA